UGACGUCACAGAUGAGAAAGGCGGGGUUGGGGAAGGGGAGGUCUGAGUCCGACCUACCCUGGGUGGUGGUGGCGGGUCUGCGACCCUUCGCUCUCGCCGCCCUCUGCCCCGCCCCUCGCCAGGCCCCCGCGGACAGGAAGGAUGAACAAAUCAUGUUUGAGCACCAUGGAGCCUUUAGGCUCCACUUUACCGUCAACCUAUGCCCACCCCGCACCAACACCGACCAAAUUUCUCCCAGCCAUUGGUACCAUGGCAUCGAGCUAUAGGGAUCGCUUUCCCCAUUACAAUAUGACCCAUAGCUUGAGCCUUCCUUGGAGACCAAGCACGUACUACAAAGUGGCUUCCAACUUGCCGACCUUGGGCCCAUACUGCACCAGGUCUCAGAGGGUGCGCGAGAGCACCAUGCUUCCCUUUGUUUCCAACAGAACCACCCUCUUCACCAGAUACACUCCUGAUGAUUGGUACAGGUCCAAUCUAACCAACUACCAAGAGUCUAAUACUUCCCGACAUAAUUCAGAGAGGCUCAGAGUGGAUACAUCUCGCCUUAUUCAGGACAAAUAUCAACAAACAAGAAAGACUCAGGCAGACUCUACCCAAAAUUUGGGAGAACGUGUCAAUGACAUAGGGUUUUGGAAAUCUGAAAUCACUCAUGAGUUGGAUGAAAUGAUUGGAGAGACAAAUGCACUUACUGAUAUUAAGCAAAGAUUAGAGAGGGCUUUAAUGGAGACAGAAGCCCCUCUGCAGAUUGCCCGAGAAUGCUUAUUUCACCGAGAGAAGAGAAUGGGAAUUGACCUAGUUCAUGAUCAAGUUGAAACGGAACUGCUCACGGAAGUUGAUGUUAUUCUAUGUUGUCAAGAAAGGAUGAAGCGACAUUUGGAUAAGGCUAUUGCCCAACUUGCCUCUAAUAGAGCUGCCCAGCAUGAGCUAGAAAAGGACCUAAGUGAUAAACAGGCCGCUCACCGCAUCGAUGACAAGUGCCACCACUUGCGCAACACAUCUGAUGGUGUCAGCUACUUCCGUGGAGUGGAGAGGGUUGAUGCCACGGUCUCGGUGCCUGAGUCUUGGGCCAAAUUUACAGAUGACAAUAUUCUCCGCUCCCAGAGUGAACGGGCAGCCUCUGCAAAGCUAAGGGAUGACAUCGAAAACCUUCUGGUUGUGACUGCCAAUGAGAUGUGGAAUCAGUUCAACAAAGUGAACUUGGCUUUCACCAAUCGCAUUGCUGAGACUGCAGAUGCUAAGAGUAAGAUUCAGAUUCACUUAUCCAAGACUCUGCAGGAGAUAUUCCAGACAGAAAUGACCAUAGAAUCCAUCAAAAAGGCCAUCAGGGAUAAGUCUGCCUUCCUGAAGGUGGCUCAGACCAGGCUGGAUGAGCGCACAAGGAGACCGAACAUAGAGCUAUGCCGAGACAUGGCACAGUUACGCCUUGUUAAUGAGGUCUAUGAGGUUGAUGACACCAUACAGACCUUGCAGCAACGCCUGAGGGAUGCAGAGGACACCUUGCAGUCUCUGGUGCACAACAAAGCUACCCUGGAGCAUGACCUGGCUGUCAAAGCCAAUUCCCUGUACAUCGACCAGGAAAAAUGCAUGGGAAUGCGCAAGACCUUCCCCAACACCCUGAGGCUGGUUGGCUUCUGUUAGAGACCCCACCAAAAGAAGGGGUUUUGGUGCUCUUAAGUAAGGAAAAACUAAGCAUUGUCUCAGCAUUUAACUCAGUGCUAAUACAUUUACAUAUUAAAGGAUUUUUAUCAUAGAAUACACUAA